CAGCAGCGCACACACACACGCGUGCAGACACAGUACGAGCAGCACAGCGGAACACAGGCCCAGGUGUGUACAUGUACACACGGAAGAGUGGACGUCUUUACAACUUAAUUAAGGAGUAAAUAUCGGGAAAAUGGAGCGGGAGUUAUGGAUUUAAAGCGCAGAGGACUUGAAAUGGGCGGUCUGCUGCUGGUGCUUCUGCUGCGGAGUUGCCUGCUGUCGGCGGUUGACGGCUCACCUCUCCUCCUCUUUGCCAACCGGCGUGACGUGCGAUUGGUGGAUGCAGAGGGUGUGCGGGGUGAGUCGGCCAUCGUUGUCAGUGACCUGGAGGAUGCGGCAGCGGUGGACUUCCUGUAUGAUGAGGGCUUGAUAUUUUGGACAGAUGUCAGUGAGGAGGCCAUCAAACAGACGCACUGGAAUCAAUCAUCCAACUCUCUUAAAGAAGCACUGGGAACUGGUCAGACUGUGGUAGUAUCGGGGCUGGACAGUCCUGACGGGCUGGCCUGUGACUGGUUGGGUAGAAAGCUGUACUGGACAGAUUCGGAGACCAAUCGGAUUGAAGUGGCCAACCUGGACGGCACCUCCAGGAAGGUCCUGUUCUGGAUGGACUUGGAUCAGCCCAGGGCUAUCGCUCUCAACCCCGCUCAACGCUACAUGUACUGGACAGACUGGGGAGAGGAGCCCAGGAUAGAGCGUGCUGGGAUGGACGGCAGCAACAGGAAAGUUAUAGUGGAUGUGGACAUAUACUGGCCCAACGGUCUGACGAUAGACCUGGUGGAACAGAAGUUGUACUGGGCAGAUGCCAAACUCAGCUUCAUUCACAGAGCUAACCUGGACGGAUCAGCACGUGAAACAGUGGUGGAGGGCACCCUGACCCAUCCGUUUGCACUAACGCUGUCUGAGGAGACCUUAUACUGGACAGACUGGCAGACGCGCUCCAUCCACGCCUGUAACAAACACAGCGGGGACAAAGCCAGAGAGAUCCUCAGUGGAAUUUACUCUCCUAUGGACAUCCAGGUCCUGGAGCCCUAUCGACAGCCUUACAUCCAGACUCCCUGUAGUGAGAAUAAUGGAGGCUGUAGUCAUCUCUGCCUACUCUCUCCAGUCCAGCCUUUCUACAGCUGUGCCUGCCCCACUGGAGUCCAGCUAAAACUAGAUGGAAAGACAUGCAAGCCAGGCGCAGAGCAAGUACUGCUGCUGGCUCGACGGACAGACCUGAGGAGAAUCUCACUGGACCUGCCAGAUUUCACUGAUAUAGUGCUACAGGUUGACGACAUACGGCAUGCCAUAGCUAUAGACUAUGACCCGGUCGAGGGUUAUGUUUAUUGGACAGACGAUGAGGUUCGGGCUAUCCGACGAUCCCACAUUGAUGGAAGCAAUGCCAUGAUGCUGGUUACCACGGAGAUCAACCACCCAGAUGGCAUUGCUGUGGACUGGGUGGCCAGAAACCUGUACUGGACUGACACUGGCACUGAUCGCAUUGAGGUUACCAGACUCAAUGGAACCUCCCGGAAAAUUUUGAUUUCUGAGAACCUGGAUGAACCCAGAGCCAUCGUCCUGGACCCUGUUAAUGGCUACAUGUACUGGACCGACUGGGGUGAGCACCCCAAAAUCGAGCGGGCCAACCUUGAUGGAAUGGACCGGGUGGUUCUGCUCAACAGCUCUCUGGGCUGGCCCAAUGGACUGGCUAUAGACUACGCAGCAGGAAAACUGUACUGGGGAGACGCUAAAACUGACAAGAUAGAGGUGAUCAACGUGGAUGGCAGUAAUAGGCAGACUCUGCUGGAGGACAAGCUGCCUCAUAUCUUUGGUUUCACUCUGCUGGGUGAUUACAUCUACUGGACUGACUGGCAGAGACGCAGCAUUGAGAGGGUCCACAAAGCCACGGCAGUACGAGAGAUCAUCAUCGAUCAGCUCCCGGAUUUAAUGGGGCUGAAGGCCACUAAAGUGACAGAGACGUACGGUACAAAUGGCUGUGCGGUGAAUAACGGGGGAUGCAGCCAUCUGUGUUUCUGGUGCCGGCAGGCCGUCAGCUGUGCCUGUCCAAUGGGGAUGGAGCUCCUCUCAGACCUCCAGACCUGUGUGGUGCCGGAGGCCUUCCUGCUCUUCACCAACAGGGACAACAUCAGGAGUAUCUCUUUGGGUACCAACAGCAACGACGUGGCCAUUCCUCUGACAGGAGUCAAAGAGGCCUCGGCUCUCGACUUUGAUGUGUCUGAAAGGAGGAUAUACUGGACAGACAUACAGGCCAAGACAAUCAGCAGAGCAUAUAUGAAUGGCAGCUCUGUAGAACAUGUCAUAGAGUUCGGACUGGACUACCCAGAAGGCAUGGCAGUUGACUGGAUGGGUCGUAACAUCUACUGGGCUGAUACAGGCACUAACCGCAUCGAGGUGGCCCGGCUGGAUGGCCAGUACCGCCAGGUUCUGGUCUGUAAGGAUCUGGACAAUCCGCGUUCACUGGACAACCCACGGUCACUAGCACUGGAUCCAGCCAAUGGCUACAUGUACUGGACAGAGUGGGGUGGUCGACCUCGGAUAGCCAGAGCCUACAUGGAUGGCAGCACCAUCACGACCCUGGUGGAUAAAGUGGGCCGGGCCAAUGGACUGACCAUCGACUAUGUAGACCAUCGACUCUACUGGACUGACUUGGACACGUGCAUGAUUGAAAGCACCAACAUGCAAGGUCUUCAGAGGGAGAUCAUAGUAGACGACCUCCCUCAUCCCUUCGGUCUGACUCAGUACCGGGAUUUCAUCUACUGGACUGAUUUUAACCUGCGCAGUAUUGAACGGGCUGACAAACGCAGCGGACUCAACCGCACUGUAGUGCUGCAGGGCCAGCUGGAGCUGAUGCUGGACAUCUUGGUGUUCCACUCCUCUCGUCAGGAGGGUACCAACGAGUGCUCACAUAACAACGGCAACUGCGCCCACCUUUGCCUCGCCACACCUGCUGGUGCCCAGUGCCGCUGUGCCUCCCACUACACUUUGAACACUGAUGGACGAAACUGUAGCUCUCCCUCUAGUUUCCUGCUCUUCAGUCAGAAGGCCAGUAUCAGCAGGAUGGUUUUGGGAGAGCAGAGUCCUGACAUCAUCCUGCCCAUCCACGUCCUGAGGAACGUCCGAGCUGUCAGCUACGACCCGCUGGACCAGCUGGUCUACUGGCUGGAUGGACGACAGAACAUACGCAGGGCGAGAGAUGACGGAGCCCUGUCUUCCAUGAUAGUGAGCAGCAGUGUUCAGCCAGUGGACAACCAGCUUCAUGACCUGAGCCUGGACCCCUACAGCCGCCACAUUUACUGGACCUGUGAGACAACCAACACCAUCAACGUUCAGAGGAUGGACGGACACACCGUGGGCGUGGUCCUGAAGGAUGACACAGACAAGCCACGGGCCAUCGUGGUCAACGCUGAAAAGGGGUACAUGUAUUUCACCACAGUGCAGGAGCGCUCAGCUAAGAUCGAAGGAGCCAGUCUGGAUGGGACAGAGAGAGAGUCCCUGUUCACCACUGGUCUGAUCAGACCAGUAGCUCUGGCUCUGGACAAUAAACUAGGAAAACUGUUCUGGGUUGACGCAGACCUCAAACGCAUCGAGAGCAGUGACCUGACAGGAGCCAAUCGCAUCGUCCUCCAGGACUCCAACAUUCUCCAGCCAAUGGGGUUGACAGUUCUGGGAGAUCAUCUGUACUGGAUCGACCGGCAGCAGCAGAUGAUAGAGCGGGUGGACAAACUGACUGGAGAUGGACGCACACGCAUACAGGGACGGAUAUCAUACCUGACCUCCAUCCAUGCUGUGGAGGAGAUGGAUCCACAUGAGUUUGCAUCCCACCCUUGUUCCCGUGACAACGGGGGCUGUUCUCACAUCUGCAUUGCUAAGGGCGACGGCACACCUCGCUGCUCCUGUCCCAUGCACCUGGUGUUACUGCAGGACCUGCUGCACUGUGGAGAGCCUCCCACCUGCUCCACAGAGCAGUUCACCUGCUCCACAGGGGAGAUUGACUGUAUUCCUAUGGCCUGGCGUUGCGACGGCUUCCCUGAAUGUGACGACAGCAGCGAUGAGGAGAACUGCCCCGUUUGCUCAGCCUUCCAGUUCCAGUGUGAUAAAGGAGGCUGCAUUGAUGCUCAGAGACGCUGUAAUGGUGAACCCGAUUGUGCUGAUCACUCUGAUGAGCAGGACUGUGAAAUCAUCUGCCCUCCCAACCAGUUCCGCUGUGGUGACAACCAGUGUAUCACCAAGAAACAACAGUGUGACAACUACUCUGACUGUCCUGAUGGAUCGGACGAGCUCGCCUGCGAGUAUGUGUCUCCUCCCUCCAGUGGAAUCCCUAAUACUGGGCCGAACACCAUCGGCCCAGUCAUUGCCAUCAUCCUGCUCGUCUUCGUGAUCGGGGGAGCUUAUUUUGUCUGCCAGCGUGUGGUGUGUCGACGGUACAAGGGCCCCAGUGGGACUUUUCCUCAUGAGUACAUCAGUGGUACGCCACAUGUGCCCCUCAAUUUCAUCCCCUCCAGCAGCUCGCAGCAUGGCACCUUCCAAGGUAUUUCCUGUGGAAAGUCCAUCAUGAGCUCAGUCAGCCUGAUGGGCAGCAGCAGCAGUGGGGCUCCUCUCUAUGACAGGAACCAUGUGACUGGAGCCUCAUCCAGCAGCUCGUCAUCUACCAAGGGAGCCUUCUACCCUCAGAUCCUGAACCCUCCUCCGUCCCCAGCUACCGACCGCUCUCUCUACAACACAGAGGUCUUCUAUUCCUCCAACAGUCCAUCCACCACCAGAUCGUACAGACCCUACCACCCAGUCCGUGGUGCCGCCCCACCCACCACUCCCUGCAGCACUGACGUCUGCGACAGCGACUACACCCCCCACCACCCGCCGGCUGGGCUGGCAUCAUCAGCGGGCCGCUGGAAGGCCGCGGGCCACGGCAGCCACGGCAAACACAACAAGUACUACAUGGACCUUAACUCAGACUCGGACCCCUACCCUCCACCCCCCACCCCCCGCUCCCAGUACCUGUCAGCUGAGGAGAGCUGUCCCCCGUCCCCUUCCACCGAGCGCUCCUACUUCCACCUGUGCCCCCCUCCUCCCUCGCCCUGCACCGACUCCUCGUGACCCUCCAACAGCCCAGGAGCCCUGUGAGGAAGGAAGGGAUGAAGUCCACUUGCCACAAGAACUGGCCUCGUCUGGCCCACUUUACCAGGGAAAAAAACUCACGUGCCAACUUCCAGCCCUGACCGGCUCACACGUGCUGCUUCAUAUCAGCUGGUUAGGCUCAAGUGCAUUGCUCGAAGUCCCUACGUCCCACAUCGGUCAUUUCAUCAUUCCAGUCGUCCCGGAGCUCUCAGGGUGACCAUCAUCUGAUCAGCUGUGUGUCUGUCUUCCACGUGUCCUGCUCUGGGAUUCGCUCACUCGUGGCGGGUGAAGGCCUGAGGCGCUCCUUGCCUUGCUGCAGGGCACCAAAAGGAGAUGAUGAGUGAAAACAUCCACUCUUGAAUUUUCAUUCCAUCAAAAGAAGGAAACUUCCUUUGCUGGGCCACUUCUUGAUGACAACGUUUCAAGACUUCCGUUUGUCCAAAUAUAAGCCUAAAUCCUCACCUCAUGAUGCCCCUGCCCUCCCCUAAACCCUUCAGCAGGUGCAGUUAACUCACUAACUGUGAGAGUUGCCAGAAAGCGCUGGUGUUGUGAGAAAACUGAAGUGCCCCAGAUCAUUGAGAUUGAAGCCAAGGCAUGGACCGCCACUCGGCUGACCCCUCCAGCUUCACACCACUUGUCUUCUCCUUCCUCACAGCGUCCAGACCAGCGGCAGGACUGUAUAUAGUUUUAAAAUAAUAUGAACAAAAAUAAAUCAGAGAGGAAAUUAUUUUACUAUUUUAUUCAUGUUGGCUGAUCCACCGCUCCGCAGAAAACAAAGGACAGAUAGUUGAGUGGAUGUAUGAAUGAAUGAAUGACUGAACCGCUGUGUACACGAGCACGUGUGAAUGUUUGGCUUGAUGUAGGAAAUUAGAUACGUUUGCAGAUGUGACUGACUGACUGACUGAAUUUGUAGAAGUAUGAAUGAUUGAGUGGAUGGAUGCAAUAUAUGGAGUCAGAUCAGUCUCAGUGUUCAUGAAGGCACACAGAAGGAUUCAUUCUUUUCGGGUUUUACUUCUGUAUGUAAAUGACUCUCUCCACGUAAAUAGGUGUUGAUUAAUAAUGAAAAACAAAUCCACAUAUAAAAAAAAUAUUUUAUUUGUGAUUUCUGAUGCACACACAAAUAUUUCUCCUUUGAAUGAAUAUAGCAGAAAUCCACAAAUGUAUUUAAAAGUUUGUGCAGACUCUACCAUGCUAUUAGAUCACGUUAACGAACGAUACCUUCCAGUCUUCGCUCAUGUGAUUGGCCGAAACGAAAGGAGCCAUCUGAUUGGCUACAGAUAAUUCCUGGUUGAAAAAAGUGCAUUUGUGAAUGCAGCCACCUCAGGAGAGUCUCAAAAAACCACCACACAAAUGUAGUGAAGUUCACAAAUGAGAAGCAGUCUGAUAGAAAUGUAUCAAUAUCCAAAUAUGUUUUUGAUGAAAAUGCUUCUAAAUACAUAUGGUUUUCUAUUAUAUUUAUUUAAAACACAUUGCAUGUGCCUCAGAAAUCCAUUGGUGAACCUUAUUUUUUUUAAUAUGUGGAUUUUUUUCUGCUCAUAUAUACAACAAUAACUAUUUCUGAGUACACUGAAGAAUAUUCAUGUGGAGAGAGUCGUUUCUAUAGAAAUCCCAGAAUGCAUUUGUGAAUCCUCCUGUGUGCAUUCGUUAAUAUCGAGGCUGAUCUGACUCCAUAGCAAUAGGGCCAAGAUCAUAAGUGUGAAAUCUUUUUUUUACAUUGUGUUGAAAUGGUGUCCCUCACAUUUCAAACCGAACAAUGUAGUCGAACACGGGGCCUUUUGAAGUGGUGGAGCUUUCCCCAAUCAACAAAGACAAAUCUGCCAGCAAGUCCCCUUUUCUGUCCCAUGAAAUCACCACCUGACAACGACAUACCAAAUGAAUAUCGACAUGUAAAGCUAUUGUACAUAUGUGUAAUGAAGUCAAUGAUUGAGUUGUGAGAAGUGAAUGCUUUUCAUUGUGAAUCUGAACCUCUUCCACCACAUUUACUUUACCCUCAUCGUCCCGUUUACCAAAAGUAUGUUUGCUGCUAUUGUGUACAUACUAUAUCAGUUACUAUGACUUAUAAUUACACAGAACGCCCAAAAUUACCACUCUGAUAGUGACAAUAGAUCAUGAAGCUAUUUUACAGUGAAUAACAAAUUAUUCUUAUAGCGACCUUUGUUAUUUGUAUUUCUGUUUGUGUGUAGAUCAUUAUGUAUGUUUCUGUGUCAGUCGCCGUGUCUGGUUUGAAGGAGUCUUUUUUGGAAACGUUCAAAGAGUUCCCACUGACACACGUUAUUCAGAGCUGUUCAGCAGAAAUCAGGUCUCACAGUGCUUCUGAUGAAUCUUCCCCAAUCUCUCCCCGAGAACUCUCCUGUGUGUUUUUGUAGUCUUGACGUGACCUACCUUCACACCUCCACACGCCCAGCCGAUCACUGUGUGGAGUGGGCUUGAGAAUGUGUUUCAGUCAAGCACUUGGUUUGAAGAAUGCUGAGGCCUUGAGUUGUGCAGUUGCUCGCCUCCAGUAUAGUAAACUUUAAAACAUCCUGCAGAGACUUCAAGUCAAACAUGAUUCAGAUUUUUUUUUUUGCCCUGCCUUUGAUCUCACAUUUUGCAAACUAUCUGAACUACUACAGGACAGAUUUCUAUGAAAUCUUCUGUGGAUGGUCAUGGUCCCUUGAGGAUGAAUUCCAAAGACAGGCAACCCCAUGACUUUUGCUCUUCGGAUCGACAUAGCUCAUAAUUUAUUCCAAACAAGUGCUGCAUGUGUAACUAGGACUCUAUCGGUUCUGGAUGAGAACAAGGCAACUUCACCGCAUCAGAUUUUGCUUGGUCUGGAGGACACAAUACGAAGCACUACUGUGGCAGUUAGAAGUAAAGAAAGGCACUAGACUCAGUCAGCAGUAUAAUGAAGUUACUGUACUUUUUCUCAGUAACUCCAGGUGUUUUUGGUGUGAAUCUUCACAUUAUCAACUCUUGGGACAAAGUUUACUAGCUGUUCCCACGACCAUUACAGCUUUAAGGAAAUCAAAGUCAUCAGCAUGUUGUUUCCCAAAACUUGGAUUAUGGGGGGGUUAACUGAACACUGUAGCCUCUAGGGGGCGCUACCUAGGUUUUAAGUCUUGUUUUCUAGUAUGAGUGCAGGUGGAGAAUGUUUUCCUUGUUAUUUUCCUACCUCUGGGGUCUGUAUGCAUAAAAAACAACAAAAACAAACUCAGUAAUUCUCGUCAGGUACUGUCGUGGUCUAGCUUUGGGCUUUGGACCUAUAUGGAUAAUUGUUUGGACCUCUGGAUUAUAUUCAGCCUGCUAUGAGGAGACAAACUGUGUUUUCACGGUUUAUCCAGCACUUCCUCUCCUCCUCCUCCUCCUCCUCCUUCUUCUUCUUCUUGUUCUUGAUCUUUUUCUUCUUUUUAUUAUUAUUACUAUUAUAUUCUAAUAUUAUCAACAUAGCAACAAAAAGUAGAAAGACAUCUUAUGCACUUACAAGAAAAAAAGAGAUCUUAUUUUUUCCCAAGAGAUAUAUAUAAGUGUUUUUGAAGAAGAACGACGGUAUUUUGGCUUUUCACCUGGGUUGUGGAGUUGCAGCAAUAUAAAUCAUCCUAAGAUUUACUGAAACAAUUUUGGAUGAAAGAGAACACUUAAAGCUUCUUCUUUCUUGCCAGCAAAGCUUAAAGACAAAUAAGAGCUCAGACGGACAUUUUUGUUGUCCCCUGGUGUUUUCCAGCCUCCAAGAAGUAAGCAAAGGUGAACGUAGCCAUGAAUUAAUGAGUGUGUCUCUUCCAGAACAAUCACUGACGGUCACUGAGCCUAGAGAGCAUUGCAGUUUCCUGAUAGGAAAGUAUGCCAGCACUUUUGGAGGUGGGGAACUUCUGGAAUUUGCAUUCAUCUCGUUGCCGACACCUGAUGAAUCCAACUCCUGCCAGGUGACAUCACAGCUGAUGUCAGGUGACUGGCUGGAGGUGGAUUUCCAGAUAGCAGCUGAAGUAGGAUCUGUGUGAGUCAGUGGGAACUCUCUGAGCAGCACAACUCAUUUUGUGAAGGGCUGUAGGCCCUGCCUCAAACCACUGUGUCAGUACAACUCCUUAAAACCCUGUAUUUGUUGUCUCAGCUAAAAAUGCUUUGUGUAAUUUACACUCGUGACAUUUUUUGUAUCAAAAGCAUUUUUAUAUAAUAAAGGUUCUAUUU